GAGCGCGGGGGGCGGGGUCACGUGCCGCCCGCCGCUGGGUGCAGGGCGCGGGCGGGGCGCCGCAGAGAGAAAGGUGGUCGCCUUGGGGACCCGGUUGUCUGUGAGCCGCUGCGGGCAGGCCAAGUCCACGUGCCGGCAGAAUGUCCCUGGCUGCUUACUGUGUCAUCUGUUGUAGAAGAAUGGGAACCUCAAGUCCUCCUCCAAAAAGCAACACGUACUGGAAAGAUAUCAGAAAUAUAAUAAAGUUUACUGGAUCACUUAUUCUAGGAGGCUCUUUAUUUCUCACAUACGAAGUUCUGGCCCUGAAGAAGUCUUUGACGUUAGACUCUCAAGUGGUAGAAAGAGAAAAGAUGAAGUCAUACAUAUACGUGCCCACAGUGUCUUUGGAUAAAAGGGAGAAUUAUGGACUCACCUACCAGGCAAGAAAAGAGCUUCACAAAGCAGUAAGGAAAGUACUGACGACCUCCGCCAAGAUACUACGGGGCCCGUUUGCUGACCCUUUCAGCACCGUGGACGUGGAGGACCACGAGUGCGCCUCGUGGCUGCUGCUGCGGAGGAGCCAGUCGGACGACCCGGCCGCCCGAUGGCAGGCUGUGCAGGAGAUGUCGGAGGCCCACCACUGGCAUGAUUACCAGUACCGGACAGUCGCUCAGGCCUGCGACCCCAGGACGCUCAUCGGCUUGGCGCGGAGCAGACAGAGUGACCUGCGCUUCUUCCUGCCUCCGCCCCCUCUGCCGUCUUUGAAAGAAGAUUCCUCCAUCGAGGAAGAGCUCAGGUGCCUGCUGGCGUCCUUACCCCAGACGGACCUGGAUGAGUGCAUCCGGUACUUUACGUCAUUGGCGAGCGAGAGCAGUCAGAGCCUGGGGCACAGAAGCCUGGGUGGCUUAUGGUGUUUUGGAGGAAACGGACUUCCUUACGCCGAGAGCUUUGGAGAAGUUCCUUCAGCGACAGUGGAGAUGUUCUGUUUAGAAGCUUUAGUAAGACAUUCUGAGAUACCCACACACUGCGACAAAAUCGAAGCCUUCGGAGGCUUGCAGCUGCUCCAGAGGCUGUACCGCCUGCACAAGGACUCCCCCAGCGUGCAGAGGAACAUCCUGCGGGUCGUCGGCAACAUGGCUCUGAACGAGCGCCUCCACCCGACCAUAGUGCGCUCAGGCUGGGUCUCCCUCCUGGCGGAGGCCGUGAAGUCCCCGCACGUCAUGGCGGCCUCGCACGCCGCCCGGACGCUGGCGAACCUGGACCGGGACACCGUGCGGGAGAAGUACCAGGACGGCGUGUACGUGCUCCACCCCCCAGUGCCGCACAAGUCAGCCAUUAAAGCAGAUGUCCUUUUUGUUCACGGCCUUAUGGGAGCAGCAUUCAAAACGUGGCGCCAGCAGGACAGCAGCGAGGUUCUCUCGGACAAGGUCUCGGAGGACGAGAGCAGCAGGUACAUGACGUGCUGGCCCAAGUCGUGGUUGGCAGAGGACUGCCCCGCUCUCCGGAUUAUCUCCGUGGAGUACGACACCAGCCUCAGCGACUGGCGAGCGCGGUGCCCGAUGGAGAGAAAGUCCAUUGCGUUCAGGAGCAAAGAACUUCUUAGGAAGCUCAGAGCUGCCGGUGUCGGGGACAGGCCGAUGAUCUGGGUGUCCCACAGCAUGGGAGGGCUUCUCGUCAAAAAGAUGCUGCUGGAGGCCUCCCAGAAGCCGGAGACGAGCCCCGUUGUAGACAACACCCGCGGGAUCAUCUUCUACAGCGUGCCGCACCACGGCUCCCACCUGGCGGAGUACUCCGUGAACGUGCGCUACCUGCUCUUCCCGUCCCUGGAGGUCAAGGAGCUCAGCAAGGACUCCCCUGCACUGAAAGUGCUUCAGGACGACUUCCUGAGGUUUGCCAAGGACAAGAACUUCCAGGUGCUGAAUUUUGUGGAAACGCUGCCCACCUCCAUCGGCAGCAUGAUCCAGCUGCAGGUGGUGCCCGCGGAGUCGGCAGACUUAGGCAUCGGGGAGCUGAUUCCCGUGGACGUCAACCACCUGAACAUCUGCAAGCCACAGAAGAAGGACGCGUUCUUGUACCAGCGCACCUUGCAGUUCAUCCGUGAAAGUCUCGCCCAAGACCUCGAGAACUGACCGCUGUCCUCCACUUUCCCGUGAACACAGUGCAGGAAACUCGGUGUCCUUGUUCUCUCUCUAAGCGACCGUGCAAACCAGUCACCCCAGCACCCGUGCGGCCCGGAGCUCGCGGCGGGCAGGCGGACCCUCUGUAAAGCCCAGACGCAGGGCUGGUGGGCCGGAGAACUGAGGGCCAGGCUGGACUCGCCAGGUUUCAGGGAAGCCCGUGUGUGCCAGCUUGGGUUCCGCAGUGUCGACCCUGGUGAGCAAGGUGCUCUGGGUAGAGGGUGGCUUUUGUCACCUGUGAGUGCCUCCGACUCACGCUAGACGAGCCCUGGUGGCCCCCUGCAGGGAGCGUGCUCGUCAGCCUACAGGGCAGUGCCAUUGGGAGGAAGCGCAGCAUGGAGAGGAGAGUGAGCUAGAACGUAAAAGACUGUGUUUUCGUUCUGGGUUUCCGUGCGCUGUAGUUUUUACAAGCAUGUGAGCACAAACCUCUGUCCAACGUGUCAGCUUUGUUAGACCUGCUGGCAUCCGCGGGUCGGCUCCUCGUAAGUUUUUAUUUUCUUAUUGCUGAGAACAAUUUUUUUAGAACAAAUUUUAAAAAAAAUCCAGCUUAUAGUCUUUCCAGAGUUUAACUACCUAUACUUUUAAUUUUUCCCAGAUAAAGUAGCUAAUCUAUAACUGAUCAGUGUGAAAUGAAACUACUCUAAACCAUUACAUAUAUUAGCAAUACUUAGUAUCAAGAUUCUCAGAUUCUCUGUAGGCGAAUAAAAUACACCUUUUUUUCU